AUGACACCAGCUAUUUUUAGGCCAUCGAGCUUACCUGGACAAGACUGCCCAAACUGCACGAGGAGGCGUAUCAAUUGCGACCGGACUUUACCAGAAUGCAGAAAAUGCAUUUCUCGAGGGUUGCCAUGCCCCGGCUAUGAUAUCAUUCUGAAAUGGGGUAACGGUGUCGCCAGCAGGGGCAAAUUAACAGGAAGAAUGCUACCAGUUCUGGAAUCCGCUGAGACGAAUUUCGACGUUCCCGAAGAUCAUCGAAAUACCUCGACGAAUCGAAUUCCAGCCCUUAAGGAGAACGCCGCAUCAAUCGAGCGUGGAUUAGGGCUGAAUAUCAAUCCCACGACGUUAGAAUUGAUGAAGCAUUUUCAACAAAACAUUGCCAGGAAGCUUGCUUGGGUAGAUGGGCCAACGAAUCCAUGGCGACAAGUUAUCAUUCCUCUUGCUUGGAUGUCACCAACAGUCCUUUGUGCUGUGUUGUCUCUCUCAUCUGAGGACCUUGCAUUCAAAUAUGCACAGGAUCACCCUCGACAUAACUAUCUACAAAGCAUCUCGCUUCGAUUUCGAAAUAAUGCCUUAGCCUUGCUGGCGAGGCACAUCAGCUCGUUGAGAGAGCGAGACACGCCACAAAUUGGAAAUCUCGACCCGAACGAGAUCAGCUGUAUUCUCGCCUCAAUGCUCAUACUAUACAACGUCGAACUCCUUGACGCAGAGCCUAUAAAGUGGCGAAUGCACUUACACGCAGCUCGAGUUAUAGUCCAAUGGAGAGAACAGGCUUCUUCUCGCGCAUCACUCAACGAAAUCGACACAUUCCUUCUUUACGAACAUUACUACGCUAGUGUCUUUGCGGGUCUCACAACCUUUGAUCUUGCCGAUGAGUUCACAGGGGAACAAUUUGAAAACUCCAACGAUAUCACCAUCUUCAGUGACUUUGUACGCGUUAUUCAUCGAGUGACACGAAUUGAGCGAGUUGCAUAUGAUCAAGGGUCUACUGUGGACCCAGCCCAGAUCGAGAACAUCAUUCGCGAAGUGGAUGCAGCAAGGCAGAGAAUGGCACUAUUAGGCCAAAGAAUACACCUGCAGGGGUGCCAUGCCCAAGACUUCCAGCAUCUGGUUUCCAUCUUUUAUCAUGCAAGCCUGAUAUACAGCUAUCAGGUAUUGAAAAGCAACUCUUCGGCUGAUUCCAAUAUUCAAGCUUCGCGAGACUCGAUUUUGGACCAUUUAUACUCUCUCUCAAACAGAGAAACAUUCGCCCAUGAUCUUGUCUGGCCUCUGUUCAUUUUGGGAACUGAGUGUAGAGGACUUCCGGCAAUGCAAGAGAUGGUCUCUCGGGAAAUGGAGGCUGUCAUGAAAAUUAGCGGUGUGCUCGAUCGACGCAAAGUGUUGUUCUUCCUCCAGCAUUAUUGGUCACUCGAUCUAGAUCGCAGUGUCACAUGGAUCUAUCUUUUGAGAGAGAUGAUGCCUGGUAAAAUGAUGUUGAUUUUGUAA